AUGCAACAAGAAUGGAACCAUCAUCUCUUUGAAGGAUGUGUUUUUAUCCAACCACCUACUGAAUUACAAGAAAAUUCUAAUCCUAUUCAACCAGCAUUCUCAUUUCCUUCUGCUUUCAAAGCACCUUCAAAUAUUCAUCUAUUUCUUUAUCCAGAAUUACCAGAAACUGAUUUUCUUCCUAGUUAUUUUAUUGUAACGUUUACAACACCAUCAGGCACACAAUAUGGUCAUACAUUAAGAACAGAAGAUGGCAGUAUUUGUCUUGAAAAAUAUCUCAAUGAUAUUUUAGAAUCUCCAGAACGUCCUCUUUCAACUGAAAAAAUUUUAGAUAUGGAUAUUCCUAUUGUUGUUGAGAAACUUCUUCUUUCUCAAGUCAUGUUAUUAUUUAAUUCUAUAUUAUGUGAAAGAAGAAUUAUUGUUGUUGGUAGUAACUAUGAAACAGUUACUUGUUUCAUUUUAUCAGCACUACAACUUAUUGGGCCAUUGUCUUGGCCUCAUCCCAUAGUUACACUCUUACCACGUUGUUAUAGUGAAUUAGUUGACCUUCCAACUCCAUUCAUUUGUGGGAUAUCAACAUACCAAUUUUCAUUAAUGCAACCAUUAACAAAUAAAGUAGUUGUUGUUGAUUUAGACAAUGGAACUACUCGUUCAAACGACCCUCUUAUGAUACAACAAGAUAAAAAUUUAUUCCCAGAAUUCGCAACACAAUACCUAAGAGAAAGUUUAAAGAGUGUUUUGAUGGAAAUGCCAAAACAAAUACCAGUCAUGCUUAAACAAACAUUUAAUCAAUAUAUUCUUAAACUUCUUCAAGCACCAGAAACAUUUAUUUCAUUAAAAAAUAAACGAGGGACAUUAGUUGCUGAAAUGGAUAUGAAAAAAUAUAAGAAAACAUAUAAUUACAAAGCAGGAAGUAGAAAAUUCAUUGAUUUCUUUUCUACAACUGGUGCAUUUGAUCAAUAUUUACAAAAGAUAGAAAAUGAAAUGUUGAAAGGAGGUGGACAAACAGUUGAUCCACCUGAACCUAAUUUUUGGGAUUCAUUAUUCCAAUUCAAUUUUCCAACUGAUGACCUCACUAAGCAAAGAGGAAAACAAUAUAAAAUGCAAUAA